UAUUCUAAUCAAUUUUCCAACCAUCCUGAGGUAAGAUCUGGUUUGAAAGAGGUUAUUAAAAGAUUGGAACCAGAUUUGAAUAAACAAGCAAGGGCAAUGAAUGAGAUCAAAUUAUAUACUGACAAACAUGGCGAGUUUGGGAAUGCACUCACUAGAAAAGCUGUACAUGCCUCCCUUCCAG